AUGGGUGAUAAUUCACAAGAGUUAAUGACGUUGGACUAUGAUUUACCAACGGUUAUUAUUGAGGGUGAUAAUGGGGCUAAAAAGGAUACUGUAGUCAAUGAUGGAUCUACAAUCGACCUACGUGAGGAUAGUGACAAUAGCAAUGAUAACAGGGAAAAAGCAGUCAAUGCUAAAGUUGAAGAUUAUAAAAAUGGUUUGUCAUUAUCAAUGAGAGAAAAAUCAAUGAUAUCAUAUCGGUAUGCUAGUAGAAUUAUUAAUACGUUAAGACAUGAAACAGCUGGAAAGAAAGUUGGAAUAGAUUGUAAAUUUCAUUCCUGGUGUCGCCAAUGUUUUAAAAUUGAUAUUAGUUCUGGGGUCGAAAUAACUGGUCAUGGUGAUCGAGAUAAAAUGCGGCAUGAAAUAAAUCAGUAUUAUUUUUGGAUACCAUCAAAAGUUGUUGAUAUUUUUUUAUCGACAUGUAUUGCGUGCCAAGUACGGAAACCCUUAAAAAGUCAUAUUGUAUCAACAUCAAUCGUUCCCAUUGGUUCUCUAACAAGAUUAGAAAUAGAUCUUACUGGUUUACGUAUAAGACCCGAUGGUGAUUAUAAAUGGAUUUUACAUUGUAAAGACCAUUUUAGUAAAUUCUCAUGGGCUUAUCCAUUAAGGACCAAAGAAGCUGCACACGUUGCUCAAAAUUUGUCAUCUUUAUUCUACCAGUUUGGACUAUCGUGGGUAAUUCGUAUCCUCUAUCAAUUAAAUGCAUUAUUUUUUUUAUUCUCUAGCAAAAUAUUACAAUCUGAUAAUGGAAAAGAAUUCACGGCUGGUGUUAUUAAAGAUUUAAAAUUGAUAUGGCCUGGUUUAGCGAUCAUCAAUGGUCGACCAAGACAUCCCCAAUCGCAGGGGUUAGUAGAAAGGAGUAAUUCUACCUUAUGUGAUAUUCUUGAUAAAAUUCUUCAAGAUCGUGGUGCGGAUAGAUGGACAGAAUGCUUACCAGUAGCAGUUUAUUCAAUGAACACUAGCUUAGCUCGUGAUAUUAAAACAACUCCAUUUGAAUGA